AUGGCGAAUUGGACGAGAGGGCGGCAAAUAGGGAGCGGCGCCUUCGGCGACGUCAUCCUCGCUGUCGAUAACUUCACCGGCAGGCCAUUCGCCGUCAAGUCCGUCCAACUCGAUUCCCCCCAUCGCGCGCCGCUGGAGAACGAGAUCGCCAUCCUCAAGUCCCUCGCCUCGCCCUACGUCGUCCGCUACCUCGGCGACGACGCCGACGCCUCGCGACGGAAUCUUCAUCUAGAAUUCAUGGUCGGAGGCUGCCUGGCUGAUGUCCUGGCGGGCGAGAAGGGAGGUCGAUCUGCGCUCGAUGAGGGCGAGGUGCGGGCUUACGCACUGUGCGUGGCCCGCGCGCUGCGGUACCUCCACGACGUCGCCGGCUUAGUGCACUGCGACGUCAAGGGCCGGAACGUCCUGAUCGGAGACGCCCCCGGGGUCGCCAAGCUCGCGGACUUCGGCGCGGCGGUGCGGACUUCCGAUGGCGGCGUGAAGGGGAACGGUGGACCGCGGGGGACGCCGCUGUGGAUGGCGCCGGAGGUCGCGAGGGGAGAGAGGCCAUGGCCGGCGUCCGACAUAUGGUCGUUUGGGUGCAUGGUGAUCGAGAUGGUCACCGGGGCGCAUCCGUGGCCGGAGUUCGAACGAGCAGAGCCAGAAGCAGCUAUGUUUCACAUCGGCUACUGCAAGGAGCUGCCGGAAUGCCCGCCGUUUUUGUCGAAGCUGGGGAAGGAUUUCCUCGAUAAGUGUUUGAGAAGAAGCCCGAGCGAGCGGUGGACGGCGGAGCAGUUGCUACAGCAUCCCUUCCUGGCCGAAGAAGCCAUCUGCCCGGAGAAUUCGCCUAGAGGAGUGCUCGAAUGGGCUAAUUGGGACUUCGAUGGAGACAAUUGCGGCUCGGAUUGCAGCAGUUGCCUAUCAACUUCUGUUGAUUCGAUCACUCCUGCUAGGGACAGAGUGAAAGAGCUGUCUUCGUGCAAUAAACUACUAAGCUGGGAUGAUGACGGAGGUUGGGAGGAGAUCAGGAGCGCUAAGGAGGUCAAUUUAGCAGGGGAUGGCACAGAAGAAGUGGCAGCAGAAGUUGAAGCAUUCCAACAUUGUGAUUGUUACAGUGUGCGAAUGGAGAACAUCGAUCGUCGAGGCUCUGCUGCUAAUGCUUCCUGUUCUUGGCAUUGCAAUGGCGGCGGCGUCUCGCACCACCGGAUUGGCCUCAAUACGCAUUUGUCGGUUGGUUGGUGUGAAUUAUUUUUCCGGCUGAAAUUGUUAUCUCCCUUCGUUUGAUUUUGUUUGAAUUAGUUGAUGAAAGUAUA